UCGCGAGAGCAGGUCAGUUCGAGAUAAGCUUUCGAUCGGUGCGGUUCGGUGUACGGAUUGAUGGUCGCUAUUGCUCUCCCAAAGGCAUCAACAUCUGAGGCCUGCAGGUGCUACAGUGGUCAGUGCAGGUGUUCACUAGGUAAAAGUGUAACUUUGGUAUUAUAACUGUGCUUCGCACUUCAAAUGUAUCAGUUGCUACAACCAGUUAUGGAAUAGAAAAAAAAACGAGUCUACGGAUUAUUCUGCUUUCAAAAAGUGAGGCAGCAUCGGAUCCAUCGGCAGCAACGCGCGGCCACCAUUAGUGCACCGCGAGCAGGCACAGGAGUGGCCAUGCGGGGACAUUACAGGGAUGUAAUUUUCAUCACGUUGAUUGCGUCGGAAUCAUAAUCGAAAGGAACAAUUGAAGACAGCUCAAGCCAAGCCCUGCGGCUUCGGGGUCCCUGUGCAAUCGUGCCGCAUCGCCGCUUCGUCGAAGGUCAGGAUACACUGGCACCACAGAUGCAAUCAACAUGGCGGCAGCGAUAGAGGAAGCAGUGUUUAAUGCUCUACGGGGACAUCACAAUGCGCAAACGAAGCUGCCCUCGCCCCGAAUCAUUAAGAUCUAUGUGGCGAGCUUGAAAGAUGACUUCAAAGAGGAACGCCGGCUGCUGCUGGAAGUGAUUGGUCCGGACCUGCAAGCCCUCUACGAUGACCGGCAGCUCGAGAUUGAAAUAGUUGACAUCCACUUCGGGACUGGAAGCGAUGGGUUAACAAUCGUCGACCUGGAUCCGUACGUGCUCGAGGAUCACCUGGAAGAAAUCGAAACAUGUCAUUCCGUCUCGAAGAGUGUAUUUCUAAUCGUACUGCUCGGGUCACGUUUAGGCCAUUUUUUACUGCCAACCAAACUCGACCCCGCCAUUUUUACGGCCAUUUCGGAACGGUCGACCGACGACGAAGCUGAGCGAUUGCGGAAGUGGUACAGCACCAGAUGCCCCAGGACGACGAGCCCCGGCCCGGAGGACGGCGAUGGAUGCUACUGGCUGGCUACGGACUACAGAAAGCUGAACCGAGCCGAAUGGGCCACGGAGGCUGAACGGUUGCGCGAGCUGCUCGAAGGAAGGAUAGACGAAGUGUUGCGCUCGGCACAGGAAAAGUCACUCGACGAUGGAUUGAACGGGCCGGAACAAUUCUGUGAUAAUCUGAAACGACUGAAAACCAGAGCUAUCGCACGGGAAAUUGAAAAGGGUUUAGCGUGCUCACCGGGACGCAUUUUGACACUUUUCCGCCACUGGCAGAAGCAGCCGGAGAACGGUUCUACCGAGCACGGAGAUGAUGGUCCCUCGGGGUCGAAAACAUGCAGUGUGGAGCAGCUCGAAAGCAGCCUCGUAGCAGCGUUACCUGCCAGCAAUCAUCAGACACUCACCGUUGAUUGGGCGGAAAAUGGAAUCGACCCGGAGCUCGAAUGUCACGAUCUCUACUUGAGUAGCUUCAAGAACAAAAUGUUCGAAAUGAUGAAGGCUUCCAUCGAUCAGGAUUUGGCCAAGGACCCGAACGGUGGCAAAGGACGGAAGAAAACCGUGCAGGAAAUCUUCCACGAGCAUUCAACGCAUUUAAUGUACUUAAAUGAGCACCUGAAUGCGAACAAGUACAUCUCGUCAAAGGUACCGGAGCGGAUACGGCAGAAUGUGCAGAUGAACUUCCGCUCCGGCAGCCGGCAUCCGCCAUAUUUCAUCCACGGCGGACAUGGCAGCGGCAAGAGCACUUUGCUGUCACACAUCUACACCGAGCUGACCGGGUGGUUCGAGCACACGAAGGUGCACCGCGUGAUACGGUACGCUGCGGCGACGCCCCGGUCAGCCUACAACCUGGAGCUGCUGCGCGUCGUCUGCCAGCAGCUGGCCAUCAUCCUGAACAUCCCCGAGGGCUACCUGCCGAAGGACGCUUCGUUUGAUCCACUCUACAUCAACAACUGGUUCCAGAAUCUGUUGAAGCACUGCGAGGACCUGCACAAUGAGAUACUCUUUCUGUUCAUCGACGACCUGCACCGGCUGAACCCGCUGGACUGCGAUAUAGUGGCCGCCCUGUCCUGGCUACCCAUCAGCCUACCCUGGAACGUGUUUCUGGUCGUUACUACCACCGUGCCGAUCGAGUCGCUCCGGCUGACGCCGAUGCAGAAGGAGCGCUUCAAGUGUGCGGAGUACUUUUUCGAUCUUUCGCUAGAGCAGAACGAGACAAAAGUGCAGCGCUGGGGUACGGUUCCGAAUGCUCCCGAGCCUGAGCCGGCGACCGAUGUUCCCACGUUUGCGCAACUGGUAAACGAUUUGUUCGACGCGAUGGAACAGCGGUUCGGUGUGAAGGGAUUCAGCCGGCUAGCCAUCUACAUCACGUGUUCGGAGUACGGGUUAACGGAGACGGAGCUGCUGGAGCUGCUGAUGCCGACGCAGGACGCGGAUCUGGUUAUCGAUAGCCACGAGGGAGACUUCAACUUUUCCACCUUCCGUACCGUUCGCAAUCAAAUGAGACUCAUACUGCGGGAGAAACUCAUGUCCGGUAAGCUGUUGAUCGUCUGGCGGCACAGCAUAUGUUCGGAGAUUACCCGGGCCCGCUACAUGACGCCGGACAUUACCCGUUCCAUUCACUCGGAGCUGGUGAACCUGUUCUUCCCGCCGGACGGUGACGACAGCGAGGACAUGUCGACCGAGCAGCACAGCAGAAAAUCGAGCAUGCAAACACAGCAGGAUGACAAUGUGACUCAAGUGCUGAACCUAGGGCCGGACAUUUCCUACAGCAUACGGCACGUGGAGGAAGCCUGGCACCAUCUGAUCAAGUCGGAGGACACCAAAAAGCUGAAAGAGAUUGCCGUGUGCAACUUUGACUUUUUGCUGGCUGCAGUGCAAACAGUGUCCAUCAGCUAUCUGCGCUGUCUAAUCGAGCACGUACGCUGCUACAUCCUGGACCGGGACAUCGAGCUGGUGUACUACACGAUCCGGAAGUCGAGCGAUGUACUGACCCGCGACCCAAUGCAGCUGGGCGCACAGUUGAUUUCCUGGUUGAAGUCCGUGUCGGCACACGAGGGACCGCAGGCACUGCUCAGCGUUACGGUACAGUCGGCGACAGCGUGGUGCGAUGGGUACACUGUCCCAUUGCUCGUCCCAUUGACUGGAUGGUUGCCGGUUCCGCUGCCCAGCCAAAUUCGGUGCAUCACCGUGCCUGGUCCGGGUCCGGUGCGUUGCAUCGAAGUUUCACCGUCCAAACAGCAUCUGAUAUUAUCACCAAAGGUUGGCGAUCCUCAAUUGUGGCACAUCAUGAGUAACAGUCUGGUGCAUACGUUUAAAGGUCACAGCGGUCCAGUUACGUACAUGAAGGUGCUGUCUCAGUAUCUGGUCACCACGUCCGAGGACACAUCCGUUAUCGUGUGGGACAUGAAGACCCUGGCAAUGAAGUUGAGAUUACGGGAACACAUUGCUCCGGCCCUAUGUGCUACGCUGGCGUUAGACAACAAGUACAUCAUAAGUGGUAGUGACGAUUCCAGCAUCAUCAUUGCACUGUUCGAGACGGGCAAACUGGUUACCAAAAUUGAUCAUCACCGUGGUCCAGUGACGGCACUGCACAUGAGCUACCCGAGCGAAGUGCUCGUCUCGUCCAGCCACGAUGCAACCGUCUGUCUGUGGUCGCUGACGAACUUUACCCUUCUCAACUGCAUCCAGAUGGCGCAACCCAUUCUAAACAUGCAGAUUUCGUGCGAUUCGACGUUCCUGCUGGUACACUGUGCCGACAACGGUUUGUAUCUCCGGUCGCUGACCACCGGCACCGAGCUGCACGCCCUGAAAGGACACAAAUCGAAGGUUCGCGCCCUUUGCAUCGCAAUGGACAGUCAGCGAGCGAUCGUGGGCGGCGAGGACACGAAGGCGCUCAUCUUUGACAUGCAUUCUGGCCGUAUGAUCCGCUCGCUGCCACCAAACCCGGGCGCCGUUACCGCUGUGUACGUGAUGGAGAAGGAUGACUACCUCAUCACCGCCGGCGGUAACAAGAUCACGUUCUACUCGUUCCGCAACGAAGAUUCCAUCGUCAAUUUCUACCCGAAGAAGAAGAAAACGCUCAAAAAGUUCCACCGGAACCGGUUGGCGUUGCAGUCGACAUCGAGCCCGGUUAUUUGCUUCGACGUUUCGCGCGAUUCCACAAUGGCGGCGGUGGCCUCGAGCCGGUGCGUACAGAUCUGGCAGCUGAAUUCACCGGAGCUGACCAGUAUCCUGGAGGGACACACGGCGACAGUGACGUGCGUAAGCUUUGCUCCAAACUGUGAGCUGGUCGCUUCUGGGUCGGAGGACAAAUCGGUGAACGUGUGGAGUCUGGGGCUUGGAUCGGUGACGGCCACCUUCAAGGGGCAUAAUACCUCGAUCACUUCCGUAACGUUCAUGAUGGAUGCCCGGCGCAUCAUAUCGGCCGAUCGCGAUGGGCUGCUGUACGUGUGGAUCUCCGACUCGGGUAUGAUUCUGCAGAGCGUUCAAGGACCGCACAAGUGUUUGUCCGUCACGAACAACAUGAAGUUUGCGGUGUGCACGAACGGGGACUCGAGUCUACGCAUCUGGUCGCUAACGCGUGAGGACGAGAAGUACACGGUGUCACACUCGGACGAGAUAACGUGCUUCAUCAUCACGGCCGACUCUCUGUACGUCAUCACCGGAUCGAGGGACAUGUCGCUGAAGGUAUGGCAGGCGACAGGAGGUAAGCUGGCGCAGGUCCUCGUGGGUCACACGGAUGCAGUGACGUGUGUGGCAGUGUCCGUAACCAACAAAAGCCAGGUCAUAUCCGGUUCGAAGGAUUCCAAUCUCAUUAUCUGGGACAUUCACACGGGCGAGGAGAUACAUACGCUCGCUGGCCAUCUCGGUCCGGUGACGUGUGUGAAGGUGUCGGCGGACGGUACCACGGCCGUGUCGGGAAGUGACGAUAAGACGCUAAUCGUGUGGGAAACGAAACGAGGCUUAGCAUUAACCUCACUGCAACUGCACGUGCAAUUCACGCGCUUCGAUAUCAGUCUCGAGUGUUCGCGGAUCAUUGUGCAGCUGGUGGACAGCUCUUGUUUGCCCAUCAUAUGUCUGCACAACUCGCCGGCUAGCUACAUUAAGCUUCCCACCUACUCGGCACCGGCCCGGGACGUGGAGGAUCUUCGACCGGCUGGACCGAAACGACCGGCACGGCGUCUGCUCAAGAAAGAGGUAUCGCUGGACACGUACACCUGGCAGAAGAAGUACGCACAUCUCACGUCCUCGGUCAUGAUGGCGCAGGUGGACGAGCGUCUGAAGCGCCGGUUCUCGGUGUCUGCCAGUAUGGAAGAAAUUUCGAAGCUGGCCGAGGCGAAGAAUGUUGAAUCUCAAGCCACGCUCGGUCCGGAGCAGGCGGCCCUAGCGCAAUCGCAACACUUUGAUCAGCUGGAGGCCCUGUGGAAUAAACGAUCGCCUCCCAGACGCCGACUAAAUGCGUCACUGUCGCGCCAAUCAUCGCUGGUGGAGGAUCGAAUCGAUUCUUCCGACGAGGACGAGUUCCAGGAGGAACGCGCAGGUAUGUCGAAGAAACUGGCCCUCUUUCACGCGUCGCGCCCUCUGUCGCUUUCGGUAGAUGCAUGGAACUGUUCUAGUCUGUACUCCUCAACUUCCUCCACCAACACCCAAUACAACCAACCGAACCACCAUCAGCAGCACCAAUACCACCAGUACCAUCACCGGCAUCAGCCCGACCUGUUGCGCGAGGUGCUGCUACUGAAGAAGCAACACUCGGUGCCGGCAGGUAGCGGCGGCGGCCACCAGUCGGUCGAUCCGUUCGGCGGCCAGCUCAAGCUAUCGUCCACCGAGACGGAUCUGCAGGCCCUCUUUCGGCACUGCACGUUCGGCACGCUCAGUUGCCACUCGCGGCGCCGCCAGUCGAGCCCGGAAAGUGAGCAGUAUCACGUUCGCGCACGGCAUGUUCUUGCUGAUUAAGGCUCGCGCACUGGCAGAUAUAUACAUGGGUUUUGAUUCAGUUUCUUUUAACGAUGCUAUUAUUAAGCAAGAAGUAGUAACAACUGGUCCAGCGACCCAUCACAAAUAUCCUUAGACAACAUUCAAACAUUCCAAGUAACGAGCAUAUUUUAGAUCGGUUUUUUCAACUCGCAACCAUUGCGCAGGCUUCAGGAUGUUUCGAUAUAUUCACACCAGGACGCAAAUCGCGCCUAUAGCAAAAGCUCCCAUAAAGCUUCGUUCGGCAUGGGAAAAAAGGAUGGUCGAGCUUUCAAGUUCAUCAUCAUAUACAACUGUUCAUCGCGCAAGCUUUCCCACAGCUUGUUUGGUUCAUUUUCAUCGUGUAGGCUUUACAAAAAGUGUCAUAUCGAAAGCUCAUAACUGGCCGUGAGAACUAACCGGACGAAGGCAGCAAAUCUGAGCCAUUCGUACAAUGUUGAAGGCAGCAAAUCAUUCGAACAAAAAAAUGUAGUAUCUGAAAGAAACCAUCAGCAUAGAUGUUUGCCCGGCGAAUGUAUGUUAAUUGCUGCAGUAAAUCUUAGUGCUGUCGGUUAGUAGAACCUCUGCGUAUAGCGAUACAUGGAAUUAACUAAGUGUUAAGGUGUUAAACUGGUAGCAGUUGUAGUAGUGCUUCAAUAUUUUAACCAUUAACGGAGGUCGUAAACUGGCAUUACUCUUAGGAACUGGGAAUAGGAAGGAUCAGUGGCAACGCACUAUCCACGUGUUUUACUUCAUCAUUGGAGGGCAGAACAACAAUAACUGAAUAACUGAUACGGGAUACAGCUGAUGAUAUUUAUAGCAAUUGCAACUGUUACUAGCGUGCAGCAUGAAUAGAACUAGGUGUCCCUUUACUGCAGGAUUUCGGAAAGGAAAGCGAAUCCUGGCAAACAUUAACGCAGAAGCAAACAACUUAUUCAUGAACUUGGAAGAAGCGGAAGAGGCGUAACAAAUAUACCUUCAUGUUAUCCCGGUGUGCCGUUAAGCGUAGAGCAUUGAAUGGGUGUAAGUGUGUGUGUGCGUGUGGUGUCUAAAAGAAUUGAAUUGAAUUAUCUUCCCUCAUACAUUAUGCUACACACUUUCCAUAGCUGGACUGCACUGAUCUACGAUACCUUUUUAAAUAUUGCGCGUGAGGGACAAAGAGAGGGAGAGAGAGAGCGAGCGAGGGAGAGAGAGAGAUAGAAGUCUUGUAGUGGUAACUGAAAACCUUUUUCUAGCACCGACAAUCAUGAUUGUUUGUUGACCGAUUUCUACAAUCAAGUACUUUCUGAAGCAGAAAGAAGACAAGAGGAAAACAAAAAGCCCUGUUUUGCUGAACCAAUUUAUUGGUGCAUUGUUUUUUCGCCUCCCCCGUUACACCUUUUUCUAGUUAAUGGCGUAUUUAGCGAGUAGCGAGUUAUUGGGGUUUCUACUAAACGUUAACGUAAAACAAUCAAUCCGUAGAUCGACGCAAUCUUAAGCAUUAUCUUUCAUGGUGUGGUUUACUUGUUGGUAUCCAGUUUUUGUUUAAGGACUAAAGUAUCUAAGUAAAUUGUUAAUGUUUAUUAAACAUUUUGCUAUAAAUUUAAACUUUUACUAGAAACUGUACGAUGCUUUAAAAAUUUUAGAAUAUUUAUUAACAGUUUUAAAAGUUAAGCCUAUAAGUUUACUCAUACGUCUCGUAUUUCGAUCUUAAGCAAUUCGUUCGUUCCUCUUACGUACGUUGUGUUAGAAAACUCAUUAAAUUUAAACGAAAAUAUUUCAUGCAAAGGUAUUGCUAAAAUUAAACUGAAAGUAACAUUAUUAAAAAACAAAACGACCGAAACUUUAAUAUACUGUAACCUGUAGCGACGGAUGUCGAUGCCAUACGUGAGAGCCCCACAAUAAAAUAUCCUGAAACUGUAUGAAAUGUGUUCUUACA